GCCCGGUGCGCGGUGCGAAGAGUGAGAGACAAGUGUGAGAAGAAAGAAGAGAGAGAGAGAGAGAGAAGGAGAGCAGGGGACCGAGCAGCCCUCUGUACUCAUGGACCACAAGGAUUUUUAACCAUUUGCCCGGGGAGCGCACAGACACCGCAGUCCAUGCCUCUGCCUUGCCAGGUCAUUGAUGGGAAAUCAACUGGAUCGGAUCACCCACCUGAACUACAGCGAGCUGCCCACGGGGGAUCCGUCCGGGCUGGAGAAGGACGAGCUACGGGUCGGGGUCGCCUACUUCUUCUCUGACGAAGAGGAGGAGGUGGACGACCGCACUCCGUCCGACUGCGGCUUCACCAAGGACCACAGCCCGGCCGAGGAGGGACCCUUCUCUGUCAGCGAGGUGGAGUACUCAGCCUUCUGCUCCCAGGAAUGCAUCUUCUCCAAGCUGCGGGAGAACGAGGACUUGAAUGUGUACUCGGCCAAAACUUUGCUGACUAUGUGCAAACCGGGGGACCUGCUGGAGCUGGUGGCCACAGCGCAAGCCCCCCACUGGGCUAUCUACGAGCAGGACGACCAGGUCAUACAUCUGCACAAGGGCGAGAUCCGCAAGGACAGCCUGCUUGAGAUCAGCAGCGGCCGCCACGGGAGGAUAGUCAACAAUCGGUACCGGUACCGACCGCUUCCUCCUGACCUAGUGAUGCAGAACGCAGUGGGACAUCUGGGGCUGAGCAGCGAGGAGAUAUGCUGGACCAACUCGGAAAGUUUCGCAGCUUGGUGCCGCUUUGGGAAACGGGAGUUCAAAGCUGGGGGAGAGGCGCACUCUGCGGAGCAGCAGUAUUUCCUCAAAGUGCAUCUGUCCGGCAGCGGGGUGCACACUCUGGUCUUUCGCAGCCUGGAGGACAUGAUCCGGGAGAGGAGGCGAGUGGACGCAAGUGGAAUUCUCAAAGAGCUGUCUUUGGUUAACGGGGGCAAGGAGUGAUCAGGGAUUCCGUUUGAUAUCCUCCCCUCCUCUCUUCCCCCUCCUCUCUCUCUCUCCCCGCUGCGCACGGACGCAUACUUUUGCGCACACGCAAAACGCACACACGCACACAAGCACACACACAUGCAAGGACCUGUUGGUUUUUGGACUGUUUGGUACGGAUGGACCCAUCAGGCGCUCUGUGGAAUUUCCCAUUAAAAUUGUGGUGAAAACUGAGAGAGCGCGGCCAUAGAAACAGACAACGCCCCUUCAGAUUUACAAUUCGUGCUGAAUGGGACACAAGAUUU